AUGACCGAGUUCUCUACUAACCAAAUUUAUGUGCCUCGCAACGAUGCUACACUAUCGGGACUCUCUCAUUUGAAUAAUAUAACGGAGAGCAAUGCCGGAAACGUUUUCACAUUAUUUAUUAAUAACUUUAAACAUGAAAAUAGAUAUAUUUAUAAAGAUCAAUUGAGAUCGAAUUUUACGAAUGGAAACUACAUUUUGGAAGUGGAAUUGUUACAUAUUGCGGCCUUUAAUGAUCAUUUACAUAAUGCUAUUAUACACACUCCGAAUACAUAUAUACCAUUGCUGGAAAAAUCUGUAAAAGAAAAUGUCAUUCCAAACAUUUGUAAGCCGUCCUACGAAAGGCAACCACUCGAAGAAUUCAAAGAGUUUCUAAAAGAUAUUCCAUUUCAACUCACAUUCAAGUGGUCUGUGGCAACACCAGUGAAUAUUCGAGAUUUGAAAGCCGAGGACGUGGGGCAUGUCGUUUGUGUGCGAGGUAUUAUUAUUAAUAAUUCUAGAGUGAGCGUGAAAAUCGAGAAGGCCUACAUUCGAUGUUCACUAUGUCCAAAAGAAGAAAUUAUUCAUGUGAAUCCUGGCUUUACUGGAAUUAAUUUACCCACAAAAUGUAACAAUGAGGCUGGAUGUAAAGGAUCCUAUCGUAUUGUUCCUGACAAGUGCAAAUACUACGAUCAACAAACAUUAAAAUUGCAAGAAAGUCCAGAAACUGUAACAACAGGUGACAUGCCAAGAACCAUUCUCAUGUAUAGUGACAGAAAUUUAGUUGAAAAAACACCUCCAGGAACCAGAGUCAAUGUUGUAGCCAUCAUGAGCACAUUCCAAUCUGCUGGAGGUAAAAAAUCUAAUUCUAAUGUUUCUCAACCCUAUUUAAGAGUUAUUGGCUUUGAAAUUACAAAUGACGGUUCAGGACGAUCCAAGAUGGAAUUUAGCAGAACUGAAGAGAAUGAAAUGCGCCAAUUUUCCAAACAAAAGAAUCUAUACAAAACUAUUGCAGAAUCCAUUGAUCCAGCAAUUUAUGGCUGCGAAGAUAUUAAGAAAGCUCUUGCAUGUCAAUUAUUUGGAGGAUCAUCCAAAGUUCUCAAUGAUGGAAUUCGAAGAAGAGGUGAUAUUAAUGUUUUACUACUAGGUGACCCAUCUACUGCCAAGUCUCAAUUGUUAAAAUUUGUUGAAAAAGUGGCGCCUAUUGGAGUUUACACAAGUGGUAAGGGAAGUAGCGCUGCUGGUUUAACAGCAUGUGUCAUUAAGGAACCAGGUAGUGGAGAGUUUUAUUUGGAAGGAGGGUCCAUGGUUUUGGCCGAUGGUGGAAUUGUGUGCAUUGACGAAUUUGACAAGAUGAGAGAACAAGACCGAGUAGCCAUUCACGAGGCUAUGGAACAACAAACUAUUUCAGUUGCCAAAGCAGGUAUUACCACAGUACUGAAUAGUAGAACAUCUGUACUGGCAGCAGCCAAUCCAUUAUUUGGUCGAUAUGAUGAUUUUAGAUCUCCUGCAGAACAAAUAGAUUUCCAAACCACCAUCUUGUCAAGAUUUGACAUGAUUUUCAUUGUGAGAGACUUGGUCGACAAGGAUCGAGAUCAACGUAUUGCAAAUCACGUGCUCAAUCACAAACGUGACAACAAUAAUACCAACAAACACAAAACAGAUGACAGUGCCAUUCAAAAACUGAAAAAGUAUAUUGCAUACUGUCGUGCCGUAUGUUCUCCGCGAUUAUCUGAUGAAGCAUCCGAGUAUUUGCUUAAUUUUUAUGUACAACAGAGAGAAUCAAGCAAAACUGAAGAAUCCAUCAUUCCAAUCACAGUGAGACAAUUAGAAGCCUUAAUUCGUAUUUCUGAAUCUCUAGCAAAAAUGGAAUUGUCAGAUGUUGCUACUUUGAAACAUGCAGAGGAAGCUGUUCGUUUAUUCAAGAGCUCAACUGUGGAGGCAAUUAACACUCAUGGUCUUGGAGGAGAACUUGCAUUGGCUUCCAUGUCUCAAGAAAUUCAAGUCAUUGAAAAUGAUAUUCUCAAAAUUACACCCAUAGGUCAUACCUCUCAAGUGGAAGCCAUUGUUUCCAAUCUUGAAAACAUGGGACACAAACGACACUUGAUUGAAAAGGCAAUCUUUAUCAUGUGCCAACGAAAGGAUUUAGAGUACAAGGCUCAAAGAAAAUUUGUCCAUCGUAACAGAUAA